CAAGUCCACUUAGAUGUGUGGGAAUGAUGUAUAACAGUGGCAUUAGCGUUACAACUUCAGUACGAGAAUUUGGCAACUGAGGGUGAAAAGGUUCUUGAAUCUUUGUCCCCAAAAGCUUCAUAACCCAACCGAAGAAAGCUUAUAAAGUGUAAAAGGUUUGUUCUCUUACAAUGGCAUUGGCAAGGAUUGCUAGGGCCAACUUCAGAAAAUCAAGAGGUGCUUAUGGUAGUUAUGCGAGUGAGAAGGAUUUAUUCAAAGUGGGAGGAUACACAAGCAUACGGGACACAACUUCCCAUGUAAAUUUCAAUUCAGAUGAGAAGUUUUCAUAUGUUCCAACAAAUAAGGAACAUAACUGCGUGAACUUUGCAAUGAGGGGAAUAUCAGGAACUCCAUACCAUCAGUUUCCUUCUGCUAACGCACAGACGGUUGUUGAGGAGUCAGAGUCAGAGUUGGAGAAUGAUCAGCGUAGAUAUGCAGGACUAGAGGCAACAAAGCCAGGUGAAAAGCCUAGGGUGGUUGUUCUUGGUACGGGUUGGGCUUCGUGUCGCUUCCUCAAAGAGCUUGACACCAAAAUCUAUGAUGUUGUGUGCAUAUCACCAAGAAAUCACAUGGUUUUUACUCCUUUGCUUGCUUCAACAUGUGUUGGAACCCUGGAAUUCAGAACUGUUGCCGAGCCUGUCACCAGAAUACAAGAUGCAUUAGCGAAAGACCCCAACUCCUUCUUCUUUCUAGCUUCUUGCACGGGCAUCGACACUGGAAAACAUGAAGUCUAUUGUGAGGCAGUCAACAAUGGGGAAUUGCCCCGAGAGCCUUACGAAUUUAAAGUUGCGUAUGACAAGCUUGUCAUUGCAGCCGGGGCCGAGGCUUUGACUUUUGGUAUCAAGGGAGUAGAGGAAAAUGCCUUUUUUCUUCGUGAUGUUAACCAUGCUCAAGAAAUAAGGAAGAGACUUCUCCUUAAUCUGAUGCUUUCGGAAAAUCCAGGCAUAUCGGAACAAGAAAAGAAACGCCUUCUACACUGUGUAGUUAUUGGAGGUGGCCCUACAGGAGUGGAGUUUAGUGGUGAAUUGAGUGAUUUCAUCACCAGGGAUGUUCAUGAGCGUUAUACUCAUGUCAAAGAUUACAUUCACGUUACACUGAUUGAGGCAAAUGAGAUACUGUCAUCCUUUGAUGUUAGCCUACGGCAAUAUGCAACAAAGCACUUAACAAAGUCUGGUGUCCGUCUUAAGCGUGGUGUAGUGAAGGAAGUGCAUAGCAAAGAGAUAAUUCUGAGUGAUGGAACAAAAGUUCCUUAUGGCCUCUUGGUCUGGUCCACAGGAGUUGGUCCUUCAAAGUUUGUGAAAGCCUUAAAUCUUCCUAAAUCUCCAGGCGGAAGAAUAGGUGUAGAUGAAUGGUUGCGUGUUCCUUCUGUGGAAGAUGUCUUUGCCCUUGGAGAUUGUGCUGGUUUUCUUCAACAAACUGGAAGGCCUGUGCUUCCAGCUCUAGCUCAGGUUGCUGAAAGGGAAGGGAAGUUUCUUGUGGAGCUGUUCAACAAAAUUGGGAAGCAGAAUGGAGGCAAGGCUUUCUCUGCAAAAGGGACGCCACUGGGAGAGCCUUUUGUGUAUAAGCAUAUUGGGAGCAUGGCAUCUGUAGGUGGCUAUAAAGCACUGGUUGAUCUACGGCAGACAAAGGAUGCAAAGGGGUUGUCACUUGCUGGUUUUGUUAGCUGGAUGAUAUGGCGCUCUGCAUAUCUUACACGUGUCCUUAGCUGGAGGAACAGGCUUUACGUGGCAGUAAACUGGGCCACCACAUUAGUCUUUGGCAGAGACAAUAGUAGGAUAGGUUGAAAAUUCAUUGUCAGCAAAACCAGAUGUUAUUUUUUCCUCGUUAUUUUGGCUUAGUCUUUGGUCCAUGCAUUGCUUUUUGGGAAAAUUACAAUUUCUUCACAAAAUUAUCAUUAUUGACAAAUUAAAAAAAAAAUACAGCAACAAUGAAAUGAUUGGAUGGUAUUGAAAAAAAACACCAAUCUAUCUCUAUAGAAUUAAGUAAUUAUGAGCUUUGUACAAUUGAUUUUUUCACAAAAUAGAAGCAAUCCUUGAUCACAAUCCUCUCUUUUAACAGUUCCUCAAAAUGGUCAAAAAAUCAUUGAAG